CGUAGAUGGGGGGUAGGCAGUAAUUACUAACCUACCCAGUAACUAGUUCUUAAUCUGUGCUACUAACUAGUUCUUAAUCUGUGUUGUAAUGACAUUUUCCCUUUUCAGCUGUUGUUUGUUUUUAAAACUAAAUUGCAACUAUGAUAUCAAACAAACUUAAUGUGAAAUAUUUUCUAAUAACUGGUGAUCCUGGAGUUGGAAAAACUACUUUAACCAAAAAGCUAUGUUCAUUACUACAAACAAAUGGAAUUAAAACCACUGGAUUUUAUACGGAAGAAGUUAGGAAAAACCGAGUCAGAGAAGGUUUCGACAUCAUUACUUUAGAUGGCGAUCAGGGUAGAUUAGCAAGAGUUCAGAGCUUACUUAAUUUCCCCACCAAAUUUUCCGUCAGCAAAUAUGGAGUAUUAAUUGAAGAAUUUGAAAAUGUUGCCCUGCCUACAUUACAGAAGACACAAGACCCUAAAACAUGUUUAGUAAUAGAUGAAAUAGGAAAAAUGGAAUUUUUCAGUGCACCAUUCAAGAACAGGGUAAAAGAAAUAUUCACUAUAGAAUCCGAUUAUAUAGUUCUAGCAACAAUACCAGUCAGAAAAAGUGAUCCUUUAAUUGAGUUCAUCAGAAACCAUAAUAAGGCAAAAUUAUGGGUGGUAACAAGAGAGAAUAGAGACACCAUUCAUGAAGAUAUUAUUAUGGCAAUGAAGCAAGCUAUCUUAUAAUUUUUAUUUAUUGAAAAA